UCACUAUCAAUUAUCCGGUCCGGUUUACAAUAUGAACGAUCAGAUCGAGCGAUUGUGUGAGACCACGCUGGAGUCACUGCAGACGAGUGGAUUGAUCGUAGCGAAUCGUUCGACCAUCCUGCAACCCGCCGCCUCCGGUCGGCUGAUGGCACGCAAUCAUCUUUCCUUCAAAACCAUGCAACUCCUAUUGGCCGAGAUGGUUGGUGAUGAGACGGUGGCCAAGAUGUUGUCGCUGAUUGCCCGAGCCGACGAGUUCAGUGCGUUUAAAUGUCGCAACAACGAGAAACGGCUCCUAAAUGCCCUCAACAUGCCGACAUCGACGGGAACGACCGGAUCGACGGGAGCGGAGUGUGCUGGCGUUCGUUUCCGGUGGCCAGGGCGCAUCAGCACAACCGAUGCCAAGGUGUACUGCCUGAUACAGGCCGUGUUCGGCUGUUUACCCAUCCACGACCAUAGCCUGCACCAGGAAGCGGCCAAGAUGAUCACUCUCGGAGCGCGCAUCUGUCGGUGUGUUAUCGGAUUGCUGAAGGCAAAUCGGGAUCGUUUCCAUGUGGCCGCCGGCAGCUUUCGUGCCCUCUACAGUGCCAACACGUUGGCACAAAGUUUUGAGGUGAAACUGUGGGAAAACAGUCCGCUCGCUUCUCGGCAACUACGGGGAAUAGGGCCUCGGUUGGCGCAGCAUCUGGCUGAUCGAGGAAAGUCCACGUUUCGAGCCAUUCGAAGUUCGGAUCCACGAGAACUGGAAUGCAUCGUUAAGAAGCAGCCACCGUUCGGGAAUGAACUGAUCGGAUUGGCCAGCGAAUUGCCCGAGUUCAGCGUCGAGCUGACGAAGACGACGGUGGAAGGGGAGCAGCAGCCUGAGAUUGUCUGCAUGGUAGAGCAGCGGAACGGCCAAUACCUUGCCACGGGGACUCCUAUUGAGUUCUGUUUGCUGGUUGGAGACUCAAACAAUCGAUUAUUACUGUACGAAGCAGGAUUGUCCACCGAUAGAAUACCAGCGGUGGAUGGAAAGCGUUGGACUAUACAGCUACCGGAUUCCACUGUGGAAUCGAUUACGGCUCAUCUCAUCUGUUGCGAGUGGGUUGGACUGGACAGUCAUCAUACGUUGGCGUUGGUUGGCGAUCGUGAGAUCAUCGCAACGAAGCAAACUACCAUAACCAGCUUCUUCCCGAAUGAAACGGCCAAUGAUACGCUGCAUUCCAUGAAGGACGUGAGUUUCGUUGACCCAGGUGCUCUCGAUACGUCGCGCCGGAACAACACAUCCGUGACGGAACGCUCCUAUCUACUAGCUACUUCGAAUGGUACCUGUAAAGUACCUUUGUUGCAUCACGGGCAACUUUGCCGGAACUAG